AAUUAUACAUACAACCCACUUUUUGUAGCUAGCUUUUAUUGGAUCUUCUUUGUUGGUAUGAACUCAUCACAACCAAAGUUUGUCUUUGGAACCCUGAAGGAGACUGAUGGCUUUAAGUUUGUUUCAUCAUCCACAAGUUUUAUGAUGGAUGAGAGUAUGUCAAAUUUAACGUCUGCAUCUGGUGAAGUAAGUGCUUCUUCAGGUUCAAGAAUUGAAAUUGGUUCUGAGUAUGCAGAAGCGCCACCAGCAAAGAAGAAAAGAGGGCUACCAGGAAACCCAGACCCAGAUGCAGAAGUGAUAGCUUUAUCUCCAAAAAGUCUUUUGGCAACAAACAGAUAUGUGUGUGAGAUCUGUAACAAAGGGUUUCGUAGAGAACAGAACCUUCAGCUUCAUAGAAGAGGACACAACUUGCCAUGGAAGCUAAAGCAAAGAACAAACAAAGAGGUGAGGAAGAAAGUGUAUUUGUGCCCAGAAACAACAUGUGUGCACCAUAACCCAUCAAGGGCCCUGGGAGACCUUACAGGGAUCAAGAAGCACUUUUGCAGAAAGCAUGGUGAGAAGAAGUGGAAGUGUGAAAAGUGCUCAAAGAGAUAUGCUGUUCAAACGGAUUGGAAAGCCCACUUCAAGAUUUGUGGCACCAGAGAAUAUAGAUGUGAUUGUGGCACCCUUUUCUCAAGGAGGGACAGUUUCAUCACUCACAGAGCCUUCUGUGAUGCUUUAGCUAAAGAGAGUGCAAGAGCAAUCACAAACCAACCAGGCACAUCAGGGUCCCAAUUAAUGAAUUUGCAUCAACUAAACACCCAUGGUGGUCAUGUCCUCCGAGCAUUACCAGUCAAAAGAGAAGCAGAAUACAACCAUCUUUUCAAUCAAAAACCAGAUAAUGUUAUUCAUAACAUCCCACCAUGGUUAGCUGGAGAAGCUGCUGCUGCUGCCCCAAACCCCUCACAGACUAGUCUUUCUUCACCAUUGUUUUCAUCAAGCACUUUAGAUCUCCAGUCAUUUGGGCACCAAGCAAACCAGAACCAGAACCCAAACCCUAAUCCUACACAAUCUCACUUUCAAACACCAACAGCUUUCCCACACAUGUCUGCUACUGCAUUGCUGCAAAAGGCAGCUCAAAUGGGUGUGACUAUGAGCAGCAGCAAACCCUCUCCAUCACCUGCAGCAGCAGUUCAUAGGCCCCACCAAGUUCACAUGUCUGAUCAAACAACUGCUGGUACUACUGGUGGUCUGGGUUUGUCCUCAUGUGAAAGUGGGUUUGUCCCGAAUAAAGCUGCCUCUGGUUUCAUGGAACAAGCAACUGCAAACACUGCAGCCCCUUCUUCUUCAUUUCUCCAUGAUAUGAUGACUUCUUUGUCUUCUGGGUUUGAUGGGUCACCAUCUUUUGGUCAGGCUUUCAUUGGGCUGUUGAAUCAAAAAAGAUCAAAAGAUAGCAAGUUUCUGGAAAGUAACAGUACUUCAAAAUCAGCAGAAUCUCAACUAAGCAGAAGUGAUGAUAGUUUGACCAGGGAUUUCUUUGGUCUAAAAGCAUUUUCUCACAGUGAGUUUCUAAGUAUGGUUAAUCUCGAUCGCAUAAACUCUUCUUAUGCACGUGAACAACAGCAGCAGAAUCAAAACCAAACACCUUGGCAUUAGCUGCUUGUGGAUCAACUUUAUUUCUUCCACCAUUUUCCUUCUGUUCAACUUCGAGUACUCCUUUUGUAGAGAGAGAGAGAGAUACGGAGUUUUUAAUUUCUUGGCAUUCUUAAUUUGUAUGGAUCAAGGGUGUAAAGUUAAAUAGUAUGCUUUUCAUUUCACUGUUACUCUGGUUAUGAAUAGUGUUCUUCUUUAGCUAUGUUAAAAAUUCAACACACUCUGAUGAAGGUAGAAUAAUUAAUUAUGUGAAUGGAUGCAUGUAUGUAUAUAAAAACACAGUUGCUC